UGACGUCAACAACGACCGGCGUAUCGACGUCACAGAGGUGUAGGAUGUAGCGCCAGACGUGGCUAGCCAGCUAGUGUGUACAGUAGGACGUCCGAAAAUACAUUUACAUCGACAUCGGAAUCAGCUUUUCUACAUGUUCCAGGAGUCUUUGAGUGUCUCUGGGCAGACUGAUCAUUUCUGCCUGAUGUGACGCAUCAGCUUUACAUCAAGAUCUAAUGGAAGUAUUGAAGGCCUUUCGUGAGUGAGGAGGCUGUGGUUCCUAGUAAUGUACCAUGGGGUACGACAUUACGAGGUUCCAAGGGGAGGUGGAUGAAGACCUGCUGUGCCCUAUAUGCAGUGGAGUUCUUGAAGAACCAGUGCAGGCUCCACACUGUGAGCAUGCCUUCUGCAACGCCUGUAUAACACAGUGGUUCGCACAGCAGCAGAUAUGUCCUGUUGACCGCACGGUUGUGACGCUAGCUCACCUCCGACCUGUGCCCCGCAUCAUGCGCAACAUGCUGUCCAAACUGCAGAUCAACUGUGACAAUGCGGGUUUCGGCUGCACAGCAACACUGCGGCUUGACCAGCUUCAGUCACACCUGAAGGACUGUGAGCACAACCCUAAGAGGCCCGUCAACUGUGAGGAGGGGUGUGGGCUUGAGAUGCCCAAAGAUGAGCUACCCAACCAUAACUGCAUCAAACACUUGCGGAGUGUCGUCCAGCUGCAGCAGACAAAGAUCUCAGAGCUGGAGAAAACUGUGGCUGAACAUAAACACCAAUUAGGGGAACAAAAACGGGACAUUCAGCUGCUAAAAGCCUACAUGAGAGCCAUCCGCAGUGCGAACCCAAACCUUCAAAACCUGGAGGAGAGCAUCGAGUACAAUGAGAUCUUAGAGUGGGUGAACUCCAUGCAGCCUGCUAGAGUCACGCGCUGGGGCGGUAUGAUCUCCACGCCCGAUGCUGUGCUCCAAGCAGUAAUCAAACGCUCCCUGAUCGACAGCGGCUGCCCGCUGUCCAUUGUGAACGACCUGAUCGAGAACGCCCACGAGCGGAACUGGCCGCAGGGAUUGGCCACGCUCGAGACGCGGCAGAUGAACAGGCGCUACUAUGAGAACUACGUUGCUAAGCGUAUUCCUGGCAAGCAGGCGGUGGUGGUGAUGGCCUGUGAGAAUCAGCAUAUGGGGGAGGAUAUGAUCCUGGAGCCCGGCCUGGUCAUGAUCUUUGCUCACGGAGUGGAGGAGAUCUUAUAACUGCUGUAACGGCGAGCAGUGCUGAACCAGAGACAAGUGGGGGAGGGUUUGUUUGGGGGGUUUGCUGUGAUGAGUAGGUUUGUGCUCAUUGGAGGGAAACCUUCUGGAUAAAUUGGCUUAUUAAAAACAAAAUGUUAUGAGAGGCUAACUCCUAAGCUUGAUACCUAUGCCUUAAAGUAAGGACAAUUAUAUUAUGAACCUGUUAAGUAGAAUCUUAAUCUGACUGAUCUGAGAGAAAAGGUGAGAUGUGAUGUUUACAAGGUUUAUAUUUGGUGCAUUAUAUGAUCUGAUUGUUCUGCUCCGUGUCCUAAUGUAGUAUUGAGCUUGAGCCCCAGUUUAAUGUCCUCAGUUGUAUAAAUGCCUGUAAAUACAAAUACUAUAUUGAAUUAUAAAUGUCAGUCUCUUUCUCCUCUCAGUGUAAUUAGAUUGUGAUUUUUUCGUUUCAAUCAGUUCUGUUUCAUCAGCUUGUGUCACCGUCUGCAGGGGACGGCGACACGGGAGAUUUUUGUGUGCUUGCUUUAGUAUUUAGUUUCCUGUGAAUAUUUCACACGACAUCGUGCUUUCAGUUUAGAUUGUCUAAACCUUCUGUGCCAUUCGUUUUAUUUAUUGUGUUGCCUUUUUACAUAAACAUGCUUGAAGAUGUAACCGUUUGAUGUAUGGAAAUCUGCCUUUUCGGUGAAUUUGAAGUUCAUUGCAGGAAGAAAAUUGAUUUUGUGUUUGUUGCCUCAGUUGUAUAUAUAAAAGUCUGUACGUUGAAUCCAGCUGAAGUGUUAAAUUUGAAGUUUAACAUUUGGGAUUUAACUGUAAAGGCGUUUUUAUUUGUCGAAUCGUAUUGGUUCACUAAAUAUCAAAGUGAUCAUUUUGUCUGUUUCGGAUAGAAACGUAGACAUUGAUAUUCUCUUCACAUUUAGAAAGCAUCUAUUCACUGACAUAUCACUACAAAACCAUAGCUUGGAGAUUGUAAAAAUAUUUGUAAAGUCACUAAUGGCUUAUGAGAGGUAUAAUGUUUCACCAUACCAUCACCAUACUUAUUGCUGUAUUAAGAUAAACAAGACUGCGGAAGUCCAGUAUAAAAGCCUACACAAGUGCAGUAAACAGACAAGUUUUGGAUUCGUGCCCUUUGUUUUCCCUUGUUACUGUUUUUAUUUGUUUUGUGUCUGUUAUGUACUGUGUUGUACAGACAAGAAAGUAAUAAAUAUGUUAAACUAAA